AUGACGCCGAAAAGAUCACUAGGCGUUAAUACUCUACAAGAGAACUGCAUAUCAUAUCACGACGAACUUCUAAUCUCUAGGGAUGUCAAAGAGUACUUGGUUAAGCAUUAUCCACAAGCUUCAAUAGUUACCGAGGGGCUUCUGGAUUGCAAGAACAUCCUCUCACGAUCCAGCUAUGAAAAACUCAGCGAAAGAAGCCAGAAGAAGAUUCGCAAAAACUUUCGUGGUUCUAUGAUUCCUCCCCUAGACAAACGCUCAUCGGUAGACUUGGAGUCUUACGAAGAGCGAUACCAAACCGCUCAACAUGACGCGAGGUUCGAGCUUGCGCGGCGCAUUCAGAGAAGUGCAAAGGAUAUUAAGAGUGGCAAAGAGCCUCGCUGGUCAGCCGUGGUGAAGAAUGAGCUAUUCGGGAAUCUGAUAGAGUCCUCGCGCCGUGCAGAAGGAAUAAAGGUGUUUGAUGCUAAGCAAAUUGUCGAGAGAGUCAUGGUAGAGGAUGAAGACACCUGGGAGCAUGGCCACAAGUCUCUUCAACGAACAACGCCUUUAGAAGCACCUGAUCUUACUGCCCCAAAGCCCGAUCUCUACAUAGCUCUACCAAUCAUCAAGCGAACCUCGAAUCCUGAGGGAUUCCAUAGAGAUGACUAUAUUCAGAAUUUCACUGAAAAUAAUUUGGCACUCUUGGAGCAAGUUGAGAAUGGAAACUUAAUCUCGAACCCCAUGACGCGGCUGUACAAAAAGACGGAGCUCAAUGAAAAAGACCUCGUUUGUUUUCCCUGCGCAGUUGUAGAGAUCAAGCAUCAUAGAGUGCGACGAAGUUUCAGAGAGAAGUGCUACUGCCAGGCUGCGAAUGCAACGGCAACAGCUUUAUCAAUGUUGAGCAGACUAUCGCAUUUGUCUAUUCCCAAUAAAUUCUUCACAGAGAUCCAACCUGUUGUCGCCUUCACGUUCAUUGGCCAUCAAAGCAGAGUUUGGAUAGCUGUUAUAAGCGAUAGGAGAUGGGAUGACGAUGAGCUUCAAUGUGGCUAUGAAAUGCAGUGUAUUUGGAAAGGAGAUCUGCGUGUUAUUUGGGACACGGUACAACUGUGUCGGAUUAUUGAGAACCUUCACUAUUGGAUCGUGAGGCACUACCGGCCAUGGGUAUCCAGCUGUCUGGACAGAUGGCGGUGGGUCGUCAAGACGCAUGAUGAAAAAAAUGACGCUUCAAUGGGCGAGCUUGACGACCUUCUCCCAAGUGAAAUAGAUCUAAUGUCAGAGGAAGAUUACGACGAGGACUCUAGCGAAGAAAGUGAGAGCGAGGAAGGGGAAUAUUCGGAGGAUGAAGAUGAUGAUGAGGACGUCGAAUCCGAAGUAGAAAGCGUGGGAACCCCAAUUUCUAUUUCUAGGGUCAGCCGACCUAGAAAUAGUAGAGAUGAAGGAAUACCCAGUUCCAAAAGCCUCUACUCGACUCCGCAGAGACGCUCUAACGCUGCAACGCUAUCACCAGAGGUUCUGCUCACGAAACGCCCUCAGCUGCACUAUGAUGAAAGGAACCCCCUCCCUCUUCGGCAUGUUCGUAAUCAUUCAACAGGAUAG